CUCGAGAGAGCAAGAUGUUCUCGUGUUGCUUCCCCACUUCGAGAGGCUGCUGCUUCAGGAAUGGAGGGAGUGAGAGCCUUUUUCGACGAAGCCGAAGAAGGCUCAUCCCUCACCCCAGACGCCUGUGGCCCUUUGUAAGAAGGCGCACCCAGGUACCACACGGCAGCCCAGGCCAGGCCCUCUCAGGCCAGGCCACACCAGAGAUCCCAUGGGGGCUGCAUCUGCACAUUGUCCCUGUCCAGGAGGAGAUUCGUGAGCCCAUGGAGGUGCAGGCACAAGCUCCUGGUCCAUAUGCAGAAAUAGGAGCACUUCCAGCACCAGCUGUUGAGCCAGAGCCAGCAUGGGAAGAGACCCCUCCAGAGACAGCGCUGGAGCUGGAGGGAGCUCCGGCCAAGGACCAGCCCAACGAGGAGCUGACUGAAAUCACAGCACCUAUUGUAGCCACUGGCCUUAGCCCUACAACUGAAAAUGUGGCUGUAGAGAGAAGUCGGAGGGAGGGGGUGACCAACACAGCCCCAGCCAGCAGCUCCCAUGCUGCUCCUAGUCCUGGGCUCGGUGGCAAACAUGGAGGCGGAGACCAGGGUUUUGAGUCUGGGCUCCUCUACCUUGCUGGAGAGAGGCUUGUCUUACUCGCCAGAGCUGUAGUCCUGCUGCUGCAGGUCCUGUUUCUUCCACUGCUGCUGGUGGGGUCUACCUGUGUGCAGGCGAUGCUUGGGGGCAUUAAAAGAAGGCUGAGAGGAAGAAUUCUAGUAGCUCCUCCUGCACCCAGAGGCGGCCUCCCCCAGGCAUGGAUGUCUGUCUGCAACUGGGCGUCCAGGCUGUUUGCCCCUGUCGUGCUGCCCAGGUCAGGCUCUUAAAAGGCGGGCAGAGGGUGAGGGGACCAGCAGGCAGCUCCAAAGGGUACAGCAAGCAAAGCUUUUAAAGACAGCACUUGUGCCCUAGGCUGUCCAUGCCACCACUUGCCCUAGCAUUUAUUAAUAGUGUUAGAAUUACUAGUUGAUGAAACAAUAUUUCUAUAAAGUUUAGUUUCUGAAACUU